CGAUUGAGCAGACCCAGACCCAGACCCGAGCACCGUCACAAUAACAACACAUUUGACAAGUGGACGGCGCGGGGGGGAGUGUGUGUGGUAAUGAGUGUCCCGAGGGUGUCCUGAGGGUGUCUUAAGGCAGUGUGAGGCAGGGCCGGCACCAUGAGUGGGGAGGAAUGGAAGGCUGUGAGGGAGCAGGUGGAGAUUAUAGCGACAGAAGUGGUGGGUUGGAAACGCACCAGAGAUGUGAUUCACAGCCUCUGCCAACGCAGUGUGCUGACCGAGGCUGACAUGGACCACCUGAUGAGUUUGAACUCAGAGAAGGAACAGGUGCGGCAAUUGGUGGCUUUGUUGGCAGUGGCAGCGGCAGGAGUUGGCGGCAGCGGCAGCAAUCUGAGGAGCUUCCUUGAGAUUCUUCAGGAGCAGGGGAUGGAGAACUUGGUGAAGCGUCUGGACCCUGCCGGUGCCCACUCCCCAGAACCUCUCAGCCAAGAUCCUAGCGUCUUUCCUGGCCUGCAGGUCACCCCAUUCCAGCACCCUCUUCACCAGUGGGCAGGGGGAGCAAGCAACAUAAUGCCCAUCCCUGGCUAUCCCAACUCUACUUUCCCCAACCCAGGCCAAAAUUUCACCAACAAUAAUGAGAAAGACAAUUUGAAUGCCAACACAACCAUGGAAGCCCGCACUGCCUCACCGAACUCCAUUGUCAGUUCCCGCACGCGCCUCAAGGUGUCAGUGGUGCCAUGUCGGGAGAUUGGCGGCAAGCAGUUCUCAAAGAAUGAUGUGUACAAGAAUGAAUCUGAACCUCGAGGUUAUGUCUUCCUGGCCAACUACAAAAAUUUCCGUGAUGAGCAGCAUGAGACUCGCUCUGGUUCUGAGAUUGAUGUCCAGAAUCUAGGUCAGCUGUUCAGCCAGAUGGGAUACAAACCUUCCUACCACAUCAACAUGUCCAAAUGGGACACCAUUAAGGCGCUGAGGGAUUUCCGCAACAUGAAGGAACACAACAACGUGGAUUCGUGCAUUGUUGUGUUCAUGAGUCACGGCCGUGACGACACCUCCUUCUACACCUCGGACAACAAUUACCUCACUGUGCAUGAUGUGGUGGAGCGCUUCAACAACAGAGAGUGUCCCAUACUCAAGGGCAAACCCAAGAUUUUCAUAUUCCAGUUCUGUAGGGGUAGAGGGCCAGACAUUGGGGUGGAUGCUGCUCGUGUAGUUCAUAUGAAGAGCAAGACCGUGGGCAAAAGCAAUGGCCUUGAAGUGGAGACUGAUUCAAGCACCUUUGGGAGCACUGUGCCAGAGCGAGACCCAACCUACACUGACAUGUACAUUGUUUACUCUACUGUUGGAGGUUUUGUAUCCUUCCGCCACCCUGAGAGUGGAUCGUGGCUGGUAGAGGCAAUUUGUAAGGUGUUCAUGAAAGAUGCUUGUGAUACAGAACUGGAACACCUCAUGAAGAAGGUAUCAAGGGAAGUCCGAGCCAACUUCAGCACUGAAGGGAACAAACAGGCCUGCGAGUUUGUCCAGAGAGCGUUUGACCAACACUUCUUCUUCAACCCGAAGCCACUUGCACUUCUAUCCUCUCUUGACCUUAGUAGACUUGGUGAGACACUUCCUAGGCUCAUGCCAGUCCACCGCAGGAGGAUCCGCACCUCCUCCCCCUCAAGCAAGCUCAAGUCAGGUAAUGCAUGCAUGGGUGCACGUAGGAGACACUUCAGUGGAGAGAACAGCACCUUGGAAAACCACCCUGACCAAGAUGUGCUAGACAACUCACAGACUCCUGCCCUGCAUCCCCGAGUCAAAAGCCUGAGCACCUCUUAUCGAAGGAAGUCUGCUUCAGAAGUGCCCAAUCAAAAUCUGUUUCAUGGCAUGGUUCGUGGCCGCAGCUUCAGUGAGCUGAAUUCAGAGAAUUCACCAGAACAUUCUGAAACUUCGGAGCUUGGGGCUACCAGCUGCUUUAGUUUGGAAAAGUUGUCAUCGUUGGAAGAUCCUCAUCAGCAGUGGAGGAAUGCUGCCUUCCAUGAAAGUGGGGCAUGUGGAGGUGGCUCUGUGGAACUCCACCCUGACCUGAUGGAGGAAGGCUCACCUCAUGAGGCCCCCAAGGAGGGUUUCCCACUGAUUCACUCUCAGUCAGCUUUGGAGGCCAUUGGAGUCUCCGAGUUUGGUGGAAUGACGGGGAUUGGGCCAGAGGUGAGGGAUGCCGAGGGGCUGCGGCCGUCCUUCAAGAGGCAGUUAUCGGCACCCUCCAAUAAUGAGACUCUUCAAAAGGUGAAUGAUGUGCGCCGCUACCUGCAGUUGAAUGAUUCUGACGAAGCCUUGCUCCACCCUCUGAAACGCAUUGAGAGCUUCAUCAACAAAAAGAAGAGAGAAGGAAAGCGCAGAAAGAUGGGGGAGACCAACAGCCAAGAGUAUUAAUGUUGAUAGUAAUAGGGAGAAAUCAUUUGAAACUUUUCCUCCUUAAACAUCCAUUAUAUAUUCUCGAAUGUCAAGAAGAUUUACUACAGAAUAUAACUUUCCAGGACUUCUUAUGUUUGAUGAGGCUAUAGUUUUCUUGAGUGUCAGGAGAUAGUGACAAGAAGUGUGCCUUAAGAAACCUAACUUGGUGCUCAAUAGGUAAGUGGAACAUAAGUCACGUAGUGACUCUCGCUGCUCAGGCUUACAUGGGUGUAGGCAGAGCAUCUUUUAAUACAUUUUAUACAAAUCAGAUAUCAAAUGUAGGAGGGAACAAGUAUUAGUUUUAGUUAUUUGUUGAUGUUUAUACUUUUAACAGUUACCAUAUAAUUUUCAUAAAUCUGUUUUUUUUAUGCAUGCUAGCCACAGUAAUGUUGUUCCAAUUAUGAGAUCUUCAUGGCAUUUUCAACUUCCCUUUCAUGUGAUGACUCAUCCCAGUUUGUGGACUGCUACAAGCCUUUCAGGUUUAAAUUGAAUUAUACUUAGGACUUUAGGAUGUAAUUUUUAUUGUAAUUUAUUUAAUUCUACUUUGAUUUUUAUUACUAUUUUCUUAUUUGAUCUUACUGAUUGAUGGGAAGAAAAUUGCUGGCUCAAAGACUCACCGUCAGUAAAUCAUAUAUUGACAUGAUCUUGAGUAUUCUAUGUGAUCUCUCAUAUUGAAAAGUACAAACAGUUGGCAGUUCACAGGUGCUUGUGUGACCAGAAUGUUUUGAGUAUUCUGCAACAGCUCAAUGUAUAUAAUUUUACCUUGUAUUGGGGAAGGGAAAGUUUGAAUCUCACUGGUAAACAUUUAUCUUCUUAUGUUGAAAGGUCUCAGUGUAUCUCAUUUACUACACCUUGUGGAGAUGUCAGUCUGGUAUACAGGUAGAUAUGUAAUGUUUAAAGGAUUGAAUAUCAUUGUUGUAACAAGAAUGUGAUCAUAUAUUUUAUAAAAAUGAAAAGCAGAAAUUAACAUGGUAGUGAAAAUCUAUUUGUUGUAAGUGUCAUUACAAAAACAGUGGUAAUCUUGUGCAAUAAUAUUAAUUUUAGUAGUUCUCACUCUGCAGUUGGUAUCGUAGCUUGGCUGAUGAUCUUUAGCCUCAGGUAGGAGGAAGAGCAAUGUUUGUGUGACCAGUGAGGUGAGGUUUGAUGUGUCAGCUGUCAUGCAGGUUUUUAGUCAUGCCAAGCCUAUUUAUCUUGCACGGAGUGGUGCAGUGAUCUUUUAGUGAUAUAGAUGGGAUCAUUAAUCUCACUUGUGAUUGAUUUUAUGCUUUUUCAUAAAUAAUAGGACUGAAUUCUGAUUAGUGCAGUAUAUUUGAGAAACUUGUUAGUGCCAGUAUUACCUUCAUUAUGCACAGAAACAGUGCUGCAUACAGGAUUACAGUAAGGCAGCAGAGCCCCUCAGUAGAUCAGUUUUCAUGAUUCAGUAAUAGCAUUAUACAUUCUGUAGUGUGAGUAAUGCAGGAACAAUUAGUGGAUCUAGUUUGCAUCAGUAUGCAUGGUCUUGUUAGAGUAGAAUAGUUAAUGAAGGAGUAGUGAAUGAACAAGAGGUGACCACAUAUACCUGGGUAAUUUUCUGCUUGUCAGAUGGGGAUGUUUACAUCAUUCACUACACAGCAGACUGGUGACAGUUGUGAUGCACCAUGUCAUAGCCACAAGUUUUCCUAAGAAAAUGAAAGUUUUUGACCAAGCUGAGGUUAAGCUGUGCAUCAUUUGUCAUGUAAGGACCCAGCAGCAAGUGUCAGUCAUUAGAAACUGAGAUGGUAAGAAGCUAAAGAGUUCCAAUCCUUGGUUAUCUGUCAAUCUUGCCCAGAUUUCAUUUAUUUUUAUGAUGUAAUUUUGAUCAAGUAUUUAUGGAAGUAUCUUAAAGUAGCUAAUGCACAGCCAUGAUAGCCUGGGGAAGACAGAAAGGCUUCGCCCACUCCUUCCCAGUGGUGGGCGGGGGGAGCACCCGGCCAUGUGUGCUCUAAAGUAACCAUACUCUGUGUACAAUGUAUGAUUAUUGAUUUCUCACCAUGACACUGCUGGAAUAAUCAACAUCAGAAUAUUGUAUGGAGAACCAUGGCAUUUGAUAUUACACACCAUGACUACUGAAGGACAUUAUAAGCAUAUUUUUACCGGGUACUCCCCCUGCAUUUGUCCUUUCUCUCCCUCUCUUUUUCACCUGCAGCCUUACUUCUUCCGUUAAUGGCAUCCAAGAUUAUCACCAACAAUCACUUAUGAUACAAGCUAGUGGUCAUCAGUUUGGUUAAAUACAUAUAUGUAGUAAUCAGCUACUAGAAAGAAAGUUGUGGGCUCAUUUACCAUGUAGGAAAGGAAAGUGUACAGUGCAUAUUACAUCAGGACUAGCUGGGUAUAGGGAACAGACCAGCUUAUCAGGAGUGUCUUCCGGCCCCAUUCUCAAGGUGCCCUCUUGUACAAGUAUUACUCAUGGUAGUACAUACAUUGCUAAUUUUAUAAUGUAAGUUUUGAUAUUUACAGUUUUCCUUUCGUAGUUUUGUAGGCAGAUGUGUGUGAUUGUUGUGGACAGCCUUAACCUGAGUGGGUAGGGUAGGCGGUAGAUAGUCAUCAGUACAAUGUAUGUAUUAAUUACUAAUGAAGGUGCUUUUACCUAAA